GUUUUGACAUGGUUUUCACAUUGGGUGCAGAAUCCUAGCGGUAGGAAGGAAAAUUGAGAAGUAAGACCUGAUGUCUGUCCAGGAGAGUUAAGCACAUCAAGGGAGAAGGUCAGAAGAAAACGAGCAAACAGCCAAGAUCAAGAGCCAGAUAGGAGAAGAGUGGCAGCUUUUGGACAGAAGGACGCAGAGAGGGGCAGCAACACAGAGAGGAAGAGGGUGAAGGAUAGAGAGACAAGAGUGUGAGAAAUAGGACACUCGGAGAGGAAGCACGUGGUGUAAAAAUGCCAACCAACUUCACUGUGGUCCCGGUGAAGGACGAUACGAGACAGGCUAAAGAUGGGAAUGCAGAGGAUGAUGUGGAUGACAACAACAUGUCGAAAGAGGACACCGCAGGUGAUGGUGUCCCGAAGGAAAACAGUCCCUUUAUCAACAACUCUGACGACAAAAGCAACAGUUAUGAUGGCACCAACAUGGCUCUUUUUGAGGAGGAAAUGGACAGCAAUCCCAUGGUGUCAUCACUAUUUAAUAAACUGGCAAACUACACCAAUCUCACCCAGGGGGCCCAGGAGCAUGAGGCAGCUGAUGAUGAUGAGGGGCCCAAGAAGAAAGCUGUUAAGAGCCCACAGAUGGGGACCUUUAUGGGUGUCUACCUUCCCUGUCUUCAGAAUAUUCUAGGCGUGAUCCUGUUUCUGCGCCUCACCUGGAUUGUUGGCACUGCCGGCAUCUUGGAGUCCCUGAUUAUUGUCGGCUUGUGCUGCUCUUGUUUUCUCCGGACCAUUAUCCUCACCACCCUUCAAGCCUCCACCAGCCAGGUUGGUACACAGUCAUCGGACUCCAUCUACUCACCAUCUCUGUCUGCUCUGUUCUCCCCAGCCAUCUAUCACCCACCGGCCAGACCGGGAGUGACCCUAGUGUCCGUAGCUCAGCCUUCCUCAUCAUAUCCACCAGCCUUAUGCUGCAGCCUUAUGUGA